AUGCCGCCCAAACAGUGGAUUGACAAGAAGAGCGCGAGCACCUUCCAGCUCUUUCACCGGUCUCAAAAUGACCCGCUGAUCCACGAUACCGAUGCGGACGACCGUUUCCUGUACCAGGUCGGUGGCCCCGCGCCUGCGCCUGCGCCCGCAUCGUCUUCCGCAUCGACUACCUCGAAGAAGCCCCUGCGGAACCUGUCCGAUCUCCAGUCAGAGUACGGCGACAGUACUCGCAAGAAUGAGGGCGAAGCCGCCAACUACGGCGUUUACUACGAUGAUUCCAGCUACGAUUACAUGCAGCAUCUGCGCGAGCUAGGCAGCGGCACUGGAGAUGCCUACUUCGUUGAAGCUAAGACGGAGAAGGCCAAGGGCCGCGCUGGUCGAGGAAUGAAGCUGGAAGAUGCACUGCGACAGGUCUCGCUCGUGGAUAAAGAUACUUAUGCCCCGAGCGCCUCCGGUGGUCAGAGUCUUUAUGGCUCGCAAUAUGGCGAUAUGCGUUCAACUACUUCAUCUUACGUGCGCCAGCCAACCUACCAGGAUCAGCAGAAUGUUCCAGACGCUAUUGCAGGAUUUAAGCCUGACAUGGACCCGCGACUACGAGAGGCGCUGGAGGCGCUGGAGGAUGAGGCCUUUGUGGAAGAGGACGAUGCUGAUGAUAUCUUUGGCAAGCUGACAUCCCAAGCCGAGGAAAUCGACCAGGGUGACUGGGAGGAUUCUCUGUUCGAUGAGGAUAUGGAAGAUGAUGGAUGGGAGUCGGAUGCCACCGAGAAAGCUCCCGUGCAGCCCAGCAGCACCAAUGCGCAUCGCUCAGUAGACGAAGAGUCAUCAGAAGGCCCUGUCCAGCCACCAAUGGAGCCCGGCGAGCUGCCUGAGCAUGACCAGCCUGCUCCCGAUAUGCAGCCCACUGACCAGAGCUGGAUGAGCGAGUUCGCCAAGUUCAAGAAAGAUGCUAAGGCUGGCAAUGUUGCCAAACCUGCCCCGCCCACAAUCGCAGCGUCGCAGACCAUGGCUUCGACCGCCUUCACCAUUGGUGGCACCCCAAUUCGCCGAAAGAAGCGCAAGGGUGCUCUUACCAACCCAUCUGCGUACUCUAUGACGUCGUCUGCUUUGGCUCGUACUGAGGGCCACCGUCUCCUCGAUGACCGAUUCGACCGGGUCGAGCAGCUCUACUCUCUUGACGAGGAGGAUGAGUACGAUGACAGCAUGUCGAUGAUUAGCGGAAUGACAGGUGCCACCGGAAUGACGGGCAUGUCCACCGCAUCAUCAGUGGCUCCUAGCUUGAUUGACAGCAAUGGCCAAGCCAUGCACAGCCGCAGCGAUUUCAACAAUGUCAUGGACGAUUUCCUCUCCAGCUGGGAUCCCAAUACCAGUAAACAAGCGAAGCGACACGGCGCCAAGAACAAGCGUGGCAAGAACGGUAACGAGGCCAUUGGUAUCAAAAUGCUUGACGAGGUGCGAUCCGGUCUCGGCCCAGCUCGGAUUCAGCCUGGAAAGGACAAGGUUCCCGGAACAGCUUAG